AUGCAGUUUGUUUACGGCUCAAUCGCUCUCUUAUGCGUCUGUGUCCUGACCUUCAACAGCGUUGAUGCUCGCUCGAUGGGAGCGUACGUUGAUAAUGAUGAGAGCAGUGAAAUGGAGAGACGUGACCUAUACGAAGCUCUGACUGAUGCUCUUCUUGCUAGAAGCUCAAGACAUUUCCUGAAGAGUGGAGCUCGCAAGCGCCAAGGAGGUAGUGGUUCCGGCAGCGGUUCUGGCGAUCUUGGCAGCGGUUCUGGCAAUCUUGGCAGCGGUUCUGGCAAUCUUGGCAGCGGUUCUGGCAAUCUUGGCAGCGGUUCCGGCGAUCUUGGCAGCGGUUUCGGCGAUCUUGGCAGCGGUUUCGGCGAUCUUGGCAGUCUUUUUGGUGGUUAUAGCAGUGGAUGGGAGAUGCUGGCUAGUCUUCUUGGUGGUUCUGGCAGUGGCUUCAGUAAACGUCGUCAUUUUAAUCCAGUUGCCAAUUAUAAACGCCAAAAACAAUAUUAUCAUAAACGAAAUUACGACGGAGGAUAUAACGGUGAUCUCGAAGAUUAG